AUGGCGCCCCGAUCGAAGACGACGGGCGCGAUCGCGACCUUCACCGGCUUCGAAGCGCGGAAGCCGGGCGCGAGAGGGUCGAGGAAGAAGCCGCGUCAGCGCGUUGCGUCGGACGGCGCGCGCGAAGGGGACGACGACGCGUGGGACGCGUCGGUGGAGCGAGACGCGCGCGCGCUCAAGACGUUUGAUCUCACGAGCGCGUUCGGACCGUGCGUGGGAUUAACGCGCGUGGAGCGGUGGGAUCGCGCGGCGAGUCUCGGUUUGGACCCGCCAAAGGUGGUGCUGGAGAUAUUGCAACGUCGACCGACGACGGCGGCGUGGCGUGAGUGCGUGUGGCACGGACGACUGUGA